GAUAUUAAAACCUCUGCUACUGCGUAUAUCUUAAUCUGAACAUAAGUUUUCAUGUGUUGAAGGGGGACAUUGGAAGGAUCAGUACAAGAAAAAGAAGUAGAGAAGCCAUGUUGGGCUGCUUUUAGCGUCAGAUAUCAGUUCAAUGACCCAAUGCUUCAGCUUUAAGCAUCGGUUAAAUCGCCCAAAGCAAACAUACACAUAUGGGGUCAAAAAGUUCCUUUAACCAUAUCUAACUGCUUUUGCUUCUUUUCUUUUUUUUUUUUCUGGUUUCUCCCUCAGAUUCUUAGUACCAUUCGGAAUAAUUCUGGAUUUGAAUUUUUCAUGGAAGAUUGAAGACUCAUCUUAAGGCAGAACAUUGCCUCACAGCCCAUCUGCUGUUGUUGCUGGGGUUGCAACUUUCUUUCUGGAUUCCUUCAGGCUAUCUUCUGUCAAACCAUAGGCAAAACAAGGGUUGAAGCUACCUGUUUUAGGAAAAAGAGACAGAUAGAGAAGCAAAUAUAGGUGGGAUAAGGACAAAAAAGUAUGGAAAAGUGCAAGCAAUAGGGAAGAAAAUUGCACUUUAGGCUCCAUCAGCGUUGUCUCUAGGUAACCGUAAGAAACAUCUCCUGUCUCCAUCUCUCUUACCUGUAUAUUGGACGCAACUGUAGGAGAAGCAGCGGAAGAUUAGAGCUGUGUCUGUAGUUGCAGAUAGAGACACCCAAGAGAUUUAACAAGCCUUACCAUACAAUUCUCCUGGCAAAAAUGCCGCUGAUGGACUCCAUUCAAAAGUCCAAGAACUUCUUUCACAAAACAGUUGAGAACCUUAAAUCUCUCUUCUUUGUAGGAUACCAAAAGCUAUCCAAACCACCCCUCCUAGUCCUAGACUCCUUCUCUUGCACUGGUGGCAGCAGAAAAAAGCACCAACAAGAUCAAUUCUACACUGACUUUUCUGACGAUUGGGAAGUCUGUCUAGAGGAGGCAAAGAUGAGAAAGCAGAACGAUGCCAUGACAUUGAAAGGGCAAAUGAUGGAAGAAGAUGCAUAUAGUGGAAGCUCCAUGGACUUUGCAGAUAAGAAUCCUGUAAAGAACAAAAAACAAAAUGGAGGAAAAGAGGAGAUAAAGAAAGUGGGAAAUUCACAAUUGAUUAAGGGAGAGGAACAGUAUUAUUACAAGAGAAAUGGAGGAGGUUAUGCAUUAGCACAAAAGAUGAAGGAAUUAGAGAUGAUGGAUGUUGGUGAUAUGGAACAUGUAUUGGAUGUGGAAGAGGCACUCCAUUAUUAUUCUCGACUUAAAAGUCCAGUGUACCUUUCUAUUGUCGACAAGUUCUUCAUGGAUAUGUACUCAGAUUUUUCCGUUCCACAAGCCUCUGCCAGCAUCAACAGAUCAAAGCGAAGAUUCAGAUCAAUUAGGUUGUAGAUUCAUGUCUCUCGCACCCUUUCUUGUGCAUAUGAAUCUGUUUUCUUAUCCUAAAUUCUUAUGUUUUGUGUGUUUGCCUGCGUUCUUCUGCUACUUCAGCUUAUGGUUCUAUUUCUCUUUGAUUGUUAUAGUUUGCUUGAGAGUGCAUUGUUAACAAUAAAGCAUGGAAGUUUCAUACCGAGAUUUCAGUAUUGUAAUUUGCAUUGCAUGUUAUUCAUAUAUUAUCAGAUCCUUCUGUGAAUAAAUGUGCUUCGAUGAAGCACAGAGAUUGACUAUUU